CCAGCAGUGCCGCUGCCAGAGCUACCCCGAUCUGGGCACCCAGAUCCCCGGGCACAGAGGAGAGCUCCCAGAGCCUCCGCCCUGCCACCAGACCGCCCACAGGAGGUCGCUGUGGGCUCCCGUCUGGCAUCCUACCUGCCCAUCAGGUCUGCCACUGGGGGCCACACUGUGCAAUGCGCAGCGCUGGGACCCAGCGAGGUCAGGACCCCUCGCACCGGGCUGAGCUGCAGCAGGGCACAGGGCACCGGGACGCCGCGGGCACCCUGGCACCGCCGGGGCCUGCAGCGCCCAGCUGAGCCUGGCUGUCUGCAGCGCCUGUGGCGCUCACUCAGGUCCUGCCAUCUCCUGCACACGUCUCCAGGGCUGUCCAGCCCGAGGCCUGCCCCCAGCCCUGGGCACCUCCUGCUGCCACCAAGCUAUGUGCCCGCACCGUGCGCCGAGAGCGGCUGCAGUGCCCCAGGCAGCCACCAGGCGGCGCCACCUGCGACGUCAUCGCGGCGCGCCCAGGGCCGUGACGCACCGGCGCGGGCGGCAGGGAUGGCGGCGCCCGGCUCUGGGGACGGUAACGGUGCCGCCGCCGCCGCCGCCCGGUACUGCCUGGUGAGCGGCAUCCCGGCCGCGCUGCGCUCCGCACAGCUCCGCGCCUACUUCAGCCAGUUCCUGGAGGCCGGCGGCUUCCUCUGCUUCCACUACCGGCACCGCCCCGAGCGCCCGCCGGUGUGCGGCGGCAGUGCGGCGGCGCCGCGGAGCUGCUGCUGCCUGGUGGCCGUGCGGGCCGCCCGCGCCCGCCGCCUCCGCCGCAUGUACUCGGGCAGGCGCUGGCUCGGGCCCGACGGCGCCGCGCUGCCCGGCCGCUGCCUCAUCCGCAGGGUCCGCCUGCGCCCCGGCACAGGCACGGAGGCAGCUCCCAGCCCCGGGGAGCAGGCGGCCGCGGGCGAGUGGGUGACGGAGGCGGAGCUGAAGCGGCUGCCCGAGCUGAACCCCCCUCCCUUCAUGCCGCAUGGCAACGUGGGCACCCCGCUCAGGGUCUUCCUGGAGCUGAUCCGGGCCUGCAGGCUGCCGCCGUGGAUCAUCAGGAAGCUGCAGCUGGAGUUCCCGCGGCCGGGCCGCCGCCGGUACGGCUCUGUGCCCUUCCGGUACCCGGGCGCGGCGCCGGCGGCGGGGGAGGGAGUUUACACCGCCGCGGGGGAUGAGAUCGCAGAGGCAGAGGCGCCCGGGGCGGGCGCGGAGCUGGCUCACCCCGCCCGAGCUGAGGAAGAUGAAGACGGGCAGGAGGAGGAGGAGGAAGAGGAGUCACCCUCGGAUGAAGACAGGGACACCUGUGAGGAGUGGGAGCGUCACGAGGCCCUGCACGAGGAUGUGACCCAGCAGGAGCGCAGCAAGGAGAGGCUCUUCGAGGAGGAGAUUGAGCUCAAGUGGGAGAAGGGAGGCUCUGGCCUGGUCUUCUACACCGAUGCUCAGUACUGGCAGGAGGAGAAUGGAGACUUUGACGAGCAGACUGCAGACGACUGGGACGUGGACAUGAGCAUCUACUACGACAGAGAUGGAGGGGAUAAGGAUGCCCGGGACUCGGUCCGGAUGCGGCUGGAGCAGCGGCGCCGCAGCGGCCUGGAGGAUGCCUCUGCCCCGGGGCACCAGAUUGGCAGCUUUGAGAGGUACACCAAGGGCUUUGGCAGGAAGCUGCUGGAGCAGCAGGGCUGGACGGAGGGGCUGGGGCUGGGCAGCAGCAACUCUGGCAUGGCUGAAGCUCUGGACAACGAGGGUCAGAACCCCAGAUGCAAGAGGGGCCUGGGGUACCAUGGGGAGAAGCUGCAAACCUUUGUCAGGGUGAAGAAGCGCCGGGAGGAAGGUCCCAUCCUCAUCUCCACCAUCUACGACAACCCCGACCCGAGGGACAGCGGUGCCCAGCUGCUCAGGCGCCAGCCGCCCACUGCCAUCAAGUACAGGCAGGGCAUGCCCUUCGUGCGGGCGGAGAGCUCCAGUGCCCAGGCACACUGAGCAGCCUCCUCACCAGCACAGGCUGGCUCCUGGGCUCCUGUUUGGGGCAGGCUCUUCAGGUAUUUAUUUUUGGAAGAAAGAUUUGUGACAAAAA